GGUUUAUUGAGUUAUCAUAGUGGUAGUGUGUUUGAUAAGUAUAUGGCUUCAUAUACUAUCUCUAGCUACCUACACCAUAUCCGUAAGAACAACCUUUCCAAAAUGUGACUGGCUCCAGAGCAAGUUGAAUGCGUCUUUGAGCUCCAUCAAUGGAAACUUCCGAGCAUCAAGAACAGGUUUAAUAUCAUGCAUUUCAAUAGCCCUCGACAUGUCCUCGAACUGCUCACGAUUCCCAACCUCAAUCCCACGAACCGUACAAGCUCGAAACAAAGGCUCCAAACGAGGCCCUCCACUCAAGAACCGCCUUCUCCCCGCCCCCCUAACAAACUGGCAAAGCAACGACGAUGGCACCAUCACUACCCACGACCUCGACUGGCUUACUCGCUGCGCUGCCGGCGGCUUCUCCAUGGUAAUCACCUGUGCCGCACACAUCCAUCCCCACGGACAAGCAUUCCCUGACCAACUGGACAUCCACGACGACAUCCAUCUCCCGGGGAUGCGCCGUCUCGCCAACACAAUCCGGCACCAUGGUGGAAUAUCUUCUGUCCAGCUGCCUGGUGGGGGGUGCUGGAUGCUGGAUGUGAUUUUGUGAUGCUGGGGAAGGUGGUGAUUUUGGAUCCUGAUUUUCCUAGGCGUGUGGAAGUGGAGGAGGGAAAGGGUGUUGUGCCUGGGCUGCCGGUGACUGCGCAGUAGUUGAGGGGGCAUUCUGGGUUGGGGGAGAGGUUUAUUGAUUAUUUGAGGACUUGGGAUGAGUUUGCGAGGGGGUAGUAUAGUAGAUAGUUAGAUUUA